AUGCCUGUGGGUGGGCGCACAGCCGGCAAAUACGGUUAUUCCGACAACAGUUACUACAGUGGUCACUCCUACAAAAGCAUUAACGAUGAAAUUAUUUGGGUGAGCAUCGGCAUGGGCGUCACCAUAAUUGUCCUAAUAACAAUCGCACUCUGCUACAUCGCUUACGAAAAGUGUCACAAGAAACGCGAAUAUUACAUUAAUGCAUAA